UUCAAAUAAACUGCUUUACAAAGUAUAUAUCAUUCGCUCACUCACUUACACACUCAUUUAUUGAAAAUGCACAGAAGUUCAAGCCAUAUCGGUUCAUUACACGACUACAAACCAAAAAAAUUAUGGAAAUCUAUAGUUUCCAAAGAUUCAACCAACUCUGAAAAUUCAUUAUCAAGAACUUUAUCUAGAUCAGCUUCAACACAUACAACCCACAGUAAUAAUAAUGCAAAGAAAAGAUCAAGUAUGAUAAUAUCAGAACCAACUUCAAUACGAUCAAAUGGAAUGAAAAGAUUAUCCACGAUAUCGGGAUUCAACUUAUUAGAUAACACGACUGAUUUGAGUAUUGAUCCAAAAGAACGUGAUUUCUAUUCAAAAUUAUCAAGUAAUAAUAGACAUCAAUCAGUAUAUUUACAAGAUGAAAAUCAAGAUGAUGCUGAUGAUUCUGAAUCAAUACAUUUCAUUAAUAUGGAUCAUGACACCAAUCAAGAAAUUGAUACCUUAUCUUCAGCUUUAGAAGAUUACAAAAUUUUCACAACCUCUAAGGCAUCAAACACAAAUAAUCAUCAAGAGAAUAGAAAAGAAUCAAGAAUGUCUUCAUUACCAUCAUUUUCUUCAACAAGUACAAUAGAUUCACAAAUUUCAGUAUUACACGUUUCUAAUUCAUUAUGGAUUGGUUCUACAAUAAGUGAUCUUGAAGAAGAGGACAACUUAACAAAGGCUGAAGAAGAAGUUGAUUAUUUUAAAGAGUUUGACUCAGAAAAUUUAUUCAGAUAUGCUGAUAAUGAUAAUGAAAGAACUCAUAGAACUUCAUUGAUCUUUGUCUAAUACACCUAAUCAAAAUGAUCCUUGAAAAGUUACCAAGAACUUAUUUAAUAUUAAUGAAAUAUAUGUUAUGAAAUUUUUUAUUUUAACCAUUUGACAUAUAACAUGAACGCAAAGUUACAGGGAUUACAUAACUGAGUUCUUGAUAAUAAUUUUAACCUGAAAUUGUGAGCUUGAAGUUCCUUGGAAAUCCGUAAAGGACGACCAGUUUUGCAAAUUUAAACACGAGCUUUGGAGAUUUGGAAGCUGAUCCACAAUUGUAUGAGCUAAUCAUCACCCAAAU